ACUGAAGCUCCUCUCGCUCUCCGGACAUUACCUAGGAGGUGGUCGGCGGGCAUUUUAGACCUUUGCCGUACAGGGAGAGCAGGGAGCUGUCAACGGGCCAAAAUGGGUAUCUCCCGUGAUUCUAUGCACAAGAGGCGUGCCACUGGAGGCAAGAAGAAAGCCUGGAGGAAGAAGAGAAAGUAUGAGCUCGGAAGGCAACCUGCCAACACAAAGCUGUCAAGCAACAAGACGGUGAGAAGGAUCAGAGUCCGAGGAGGUAAUGUGAAGUGGCGCGCUCUGAGGCUCGACACCGGUAACUACUCCUGGGGGAGCGAGGCGGUUACCCGCAAGACGAGAAUUCUCGAUGUGGUGUACAAUGCUUCGAACAAUGAGUUGGUCCGUACUCAGACCCUGGUGAAGAGUGCCAUUGUUCAGGUUGAUGCUGCUCCCUUCAAGCAGUGGUAUCUCCAGCACUAUGGCGUCGAUAUUGGUCGUAAGAAGAAGGCUCAAGCUGCUGCCAAGAAAGAAGGAGAGGAGGGCGAAGCUCAAACUGAGGAGGUGAAGAAGAGCAACCAUGUCCAGAGGAAACUGGCGAAACGUCAAGAGAAGCGACAGUUGGACCCACACAUCGAAGAGCAGUUUGGAAGCGGCCGUUUGUUUGCAUGCAUCUCAUCCCGACCCGGUCAAUGUGGUCGUGCAGAUGGAUAUAUAUUGGAGGGCAAGGAGCUGGAGUUCUACAUGAAGAAGUUACAGAGGAAGAAGGGCAAGGGAGCAGGAGCUGCCUAAAUUUUUGUUACUUGAAAAUCAUUAUUAGACCUUUUCUGUGUCUUUUGUAGUUUCUACUACUUCCCGAUGAUACUCUGGUUGAGCUGAGAUGAGGCAGGCAGUAUAUCUCGAGUUGUGUUUGCGAAUUUGAUUAUUGUCAUAUCUAUAGUACUUCUUGUUGUAUCAAAUAGAAUGAACUUGCAGCCUCUCUCAUUCGUAAAUCCUGUGUUCAGCAAUAUCUGUUUUCAAUUCUAUGGUGCCCAGUACUUGCAACCU